AUGCUUAUUGGCAAGGAAAUCUUUUUGUUUUUCAUUUCCUCUCUCUCUCUCUCUCUCUCUUUCUCUCCUUCUCUCUCCAGCUCAAAUAUUCGAAUGUUUAGACCUAAUUCCAACCUUAAACCUUAUUUAACUCUCCAACCAAUACUCUCUGCUAAAAUUAUCGUCCCUCCUCUCCAACCAAUACUUUCUGCUAAAAUUAUCGUCCCUCCUCCCCAACCAAUACUCUCUGCUAAAAUUAUCGUCCCUCCUCCCCAACCAAUACUCUCUGCUAAAAUUAUCGUCCCUCCUCCCCAACCAAUACUCUCUGCUAAAAUUAUCGUCCCUCCUCCCCAACCAAUACUCUCUGCUAAAAUUAUCGUCCCUCCUCCCCAACCAAUACUCUCUGCUAAAAUUAUCGUCCCUCCUCCCCAACCAAUACUCUCUGCUAAAAUUAUCGUCCCUCCUCCCCAACCAAUACUCUCUGCUAAAAUUAUCGUCCCUCCUCCCCAACCAAUACUCUCUGCUAAAAUUAUCGUCCCCUCCUCCCCCUGCUAA